AUGAAGCCCGCCGCCGCGACCUCGCCCGGCGAGCCGGCGGGCCACCUUCCGCACGGAGGCUCGCGCCGGCGCCGCCUGGCCGCGGUGCUCGCGCCGCUGCUCCUCUUCCUCGCCGCCGAGAUUGCCUUCCCCUCCUCGACCCGCCUCGACCAGCUCCUGGUACCCACGCCUCGUGACGGCGCCACUGCUUCAUCCUCAACAUCGUCCCCGUUGCCGCCGCCUCCCCCGCCGCCGCGUCUGGAGGAUGAGCAGCCGCAGCCGCAGCCCCAGAGGGUGGCGGUGUGCCUGGUGGGCGGCGCGCGGCGGUUCGAGCUGACGGGCCCGUCCAUCGCGCGCCACGUGCUGGGCGCGCUCCCCGCCGGCGCCACCGACGUGUUCCUGCACAGCCCGCUCGACGCCGACGCCUGGAAGCUCUCCGUCCUGGCCCGCGCCGCGCCGCCCGGGGCCGAGCUGGCCGCCGUGCGCGUGUUCCGGCCGGGGCGCAUCGCCGUGACGCCGGCGCGCGAGCGCGCGCUCACGGGGAUGAACUCGCCCAGAGGCAUCCAGGAGUGCAGCCAGAGCCAGCAGGAGCCUUCCUGCAACAACAACGCCAUUCUGAAAUGUCCAAGAGGCAUGCCGGGGCAGCGGGUGGCGGUGUGCCUGGUGGGCGGCGCGCGGCGGUUCGAGCUGACUGGCCCCUCCAUCGCGGGCCACGUCCUGGCGCCUCUCCUCCUCGCCGGCGCGUCCGCCGCCGACGUGUUCCUGCACAGCCCGCUCGACGCCGACGCCUGGAAGCUCUCCGUCCUGGCCCGCGCCGCGCCGCCGGGGGCCUCGCUGGCCGCCGUGCGCGUGUUCCGGCCGCGGCGCAUCGCCGUGACCCCGGCGCGGGCGCGCGCGCUCACUGCGGAGCACUCGCCCAGAGGCAUCCAGGGCUUGCUGCAAUUCUUCCAUCUGGUGGAGGGAUGCCUGGACCUGAUCCGGGAGCGCGAGUCCCUGGGCAACUUCACCUACGCCUGGGUGCUCCGGACGCGCGUCGACGGCUUCUGGUCGGUGCCGCUGGACCCGGCCGGCACCUUCCACCCGGCGGCCUACGUCGUGCCGGAGGGCUCCCGCUUCGGGGGCCUCAACGACCGCCUGGGCGCCGGGGCCCGGGAGGCGUCGGGCGCCGCGCUCGCCCGCCUCUCCGCGCUGCCGCGCCUCGCCGCGGCGGGGUACCGGGACCUCAACUCCGAGUCCGCGUUCCGCGCGCAGCUCCGCGCCGCGCCGCGGGGGUGCCGGCGCGGGAGCUCCGCUUCCCGCUGCGUGCUCAGCGACCGGGCCUACUCGUUCCCGCCGUGGGCCAGGACCGCGGUGCCCAUCGCGUCGCUGGGGUCGCCGGGGCCGCUCAGCGGGGCCAAGUGCCGGCCCUGCCGCCCCUCCUGCAGCGGCGGGUGCGUGGCGCGGCACCUCGCCAGGCUCCAGCGCGGGUGGAGCUGGACCGAGUGGCGGAACGGGACGCUGGAGCUCUGCAACGCCAGCGGGCCGUGGGAGCGAGGGUGGGAGGCGCUGUUCGACGAGGUCGCCGGCGCCGAGGCCGCCGCGGUGCGGCGGAGCGUGGCGCGGAUGGGCGCGGCCGAGUGCGUCGCAGAGGUGAAGGCGCUCCGGGCUCGCGCGGAGCGGUGGGACGCGCCCAGUCCCGCCGAGAUAUGCCGCCUCCGGUUUGGAGUCCGGUCGCGGCCGGCGGAGCGCCCCGGCAAUUCUUCGGCAGACGGUGACACUGACGCUACUGAACACUGAACAACCUGGAAACGGAUACAAUUAUACAAAC